GGGAGGUCAAUGUGUCCUUCCACUACCACACGUGUUAUCUGUCAGCCGGAAAAGCGUACUGUAGGGGAGCUAGUUGCCGGUUGUCUUUUAGUCGUGCACACAUUACUUUUGUAGUAACGCUGCUUCUUAUAUAUAAUCAUGUUAAAGUCACUUUGCCGUGCUGUCGGAACGGCUGUUCGAAUUUCCACAAUAACGACUUCCACCAGCCGAGCUCUACCACUCUCCACCACGACGCUAUGCACCCCAAGUUCGGCAACGAGCCGGCCUUUUACCCGGUCUCUGUGGAUGAUGAAUAACAAGGGAGCCUCUUCUGGAUAUCGGCCCAAACUAUUCAGCUCCAGAGUAUUGAGUCCAUCUGUGUCCUGUGGAUGUGGAGCACUUCAUACAGAAGGCGACAAGGCAUUUGGCGAUUUUUUGUCGGAUGAAAUCAAAGAGGAGAGGAAAAUCCAGAAAAGCAAAACCCUUCCUAAAAUGUCCGGUGGAUGGGAGCUGGAGUCGAACGGAGCAGAGGUCAAACUUAGCAGGAGUGUGUCUGGAGAAAAGAUCAUUGUGACAUUCAACGUGAACAACAGCAUUCCCCCGAACUUCGAGGAGGAGGCUGAGACAGGGCAACAGCAGCAGAAGGGGGAGGAGGAGCAAGAUAUUGUGUCUACGCCAAACUUUGUUGUGGAAGUAACGAAACAAGAGGCAGCAAAGACUUCCUUGGUGUUUGACUGCCACUUCCCCGAAGAUGAGAUUGCUCACGGGGAGGGCGAGGAGGAGAGUGACAUUUUUGCCAUCCGUGAGGUCAGUUUUCAGCCCGAGGGAGACGCCGAUUGGAAAGAGACCAGCUACACCCUCAGCACAGAUUCUCUGGACUGGGCCCUCUACGACCACCUCAUGGACUUCCUGGCCGACAGGGGAGUGGACAACACGUUUGCCGAUGAGUUGAUGGAGCUCAGCACUGCCAUGGAGCAUCAGGAGUACAUCAAGUUCUUGGAAGACCUCGGUAGCUUCGUAAAAUGCAAAUAAUUGAUUGGAAAGAAACAACCUGAUGCUCCUGAAAUGGCCGUCUGUCGCACUAGUGUCUGACUGCGUCACCCGUCUGCAACUGUUCCUGUGAUGUGUUUGUUCUUGCCUGUAAGGCAAUUGAAGUUUGUAUUUGAGAGCCAUGUAAAUAUUUAAGUUGGUAAAAUGUUAAAAAUGAAGCUUAGCUUUAUUUUAGGACGCGUGUUAUUUCUAGGGUCUCGGACAGUGCAUACACAUUUAUAGGAACACAACUUUUGUAAUCCUUAAAGAAAAGCAGAGAUCACGUUGGUUAAGAUGUAAAAACAUCCCAUUUAGUUCCCACUUCUUCUGUUUACAUUGCCCUGUAGUCCAGGUUUUACAGUGUAUUCACAUCAAUAGUAAUAACAUCUCUUCAUGCUAUGUGUUCCUUUGGAAAUGAUUGGGCUUUCUUGGACCGUAUAUAGAGAUGACACAACUUCUAUCUGAUUGGUCUCUGUCCAGAAAACAAAUGAGAUCUGUCUAAUAAAAAAUAUUUCAUAUAGA